AUGGCCGACUCCGGAGAGGCCCCCGCGGCUGUCGAGCACCUCAACAUCAAGGUGACCGACAACAACAAUGAAGUGUUCUUCAAGAUCAAGCGCACAACCCAGUUGAAGAAGUUGAUGGACGCGUUCUGCGAAAGGCAAGGAAAGCAGCCAUCUACGGUCCGCUUCCUUUUCGAUGGCACCCGUGUGCGCCCUGAAGAUACACCCGAUACUCUCGAGAUGGCCGAUGGGGACACUCUCGAAGUGCACCAGGAACAAAUCGGUGGCUAGAUAGCAUUAUCUCUCUCUCGAUGAAUCAUGAUUAUUAUGUCUUUUUUCCCCAAAAUACAUUACCAGCCCCGUUGUGUUUCUUGCCUUUAUUUACCCAAAUUUUUUUCUCCCGAC